AUGCGAGUCAUGGCUUGUCUUUAUGAAAAGGAUCUUGAUUUCGAACUUGUUCCCUUUAACUUUAGUACUGGCGAACAUAAAAGGGAACCCUUCGUUUCUCUCAAUCCUUUUGGUCAAGUUCCUGCUUUUGAGGACGGAGAUCUAAAGCUAUACGAAUCGAGAGCAAUAACAAGAUACAUUGCUCAAGAGUACAUCAACAGGGGAACGGAUUUAGUAUUCAAGGAACCAAAGAUGCAGGCCGUCGAGUCUGUUUGGGCUGAGGUUGAGGGUAAUUGUUUUGACCCAGCAGCUCUUAUUCUAAGCUGGGAGAUGUCGGUGAAGCCCAGAUUACUGGGACAAGAAAUGGACCAGGCUGCGGUCGACGAAAACGAGGGUAAGCUGGUCCAAGUCCUUGAUGUGUACGAGAAGAGGUUGACCAAGUCCAAAUACUUGGGCGGCGAUCUGUAUACGUUGGCUGAUCUUCACCACCUACCUACGGCGGAGUAUGGACACGAGUGUUAAGAUGCUGUUCGAGUCUAGGCCACGUGUCAGUGCAUGGUUGGCUAAUAUCACUGCCAGGCCUGCUUGCGGGAAGGUCGUGGCUUUGAGAAACCAAGCCUUGAAGAAACGUGUUGAAUCUGCACAGGAGGGAUCACAA